AUGCCUGUACCUCUUCACCUUGUAUUUAUCGAUGUCUCCUACAACAACUUUGACUCACUGCCAGACUGGAUCUGUGACCUGCCACAGAUUGAUUGUUUGCGUGUAAACAACAAUCGACUCACCUCUCUUCCAAACCGACUCCUUUCCGUGAUGUCGAUGCGUUAUCUUUGUUGCAAAAACAACAAAUUGAAGGCACUACCGGAGCCUCUUGAGAAUUUGAGCCUAAUCUCCUGUGUCCUAUACGGUAAUCAGUUGACAGAAUUGCCACGAGAGCUUUUCCGUAGGUGUAACAGAUUGCGGCAUUUAAACGCUUCAUUCAAUCGUCUCAUCACUAUACCGAAUGUCAACGGGAACAUGGACCGUAAUCGCAUCAAUACUCUUCGUUUGAGCGGCAACCGUUUAGACGAGUCAAUUGUGCCUACUUUGAUGAAGAUGAGACGAUUAAAAGUUCUGGACAUUUCACAUAACAAACUGAGAUAUUUUGACGAUAGGUGA